CGAAUUUUGAAACCUCAUUCGUUUCAUUUCGCAACGACUACAUCACACUAAAAUCAUCAUGUCUGGACGUGGUAAAGGAGGAAAGGCCAAGAGCAAGGCCAAGACCCGAUCAAGCCGUGCAGGACUUCAGUUCCCUGUCGGUCGUGUACACCGUUUCCUCCGCAAGGGAAACUAUGCCGGCCGUGUUGGUGCUGGAGCUCCAGUAUAUCUGGCUGCCGUUCUCGAGUACCUGACCGCUGAGAUCCUCGAGCUCGCCGGCAACGCCGCCCGCGACAACAAGAAGAGCAGGAUCAUCCCCCGUCAUCUUCAGCUCGCCGUCCGUAACGACGAGGAACUCAACAAGCUUCUUGGAGGAGUUACCAUCGCACAGGGUGGUGUUCUCCCCAACAUCCAGGCUGUCCUUCUCCCUAAGAAGACCAGCAAAUCUGCUUAAGAAGGGACAUCUCUUUUGAUCAGAUUAAAACGGCUCUUUUCAGAGCCACCACAUCUCCAAGAAAGAAUACAAAUUGACAUCUCAAUUAAGUUUCUGUACGUCUGUAUGAAUAUGGGGCAUUCCUUCGUUUAAAACAAUUUUAUUUAUGUUUUAUUCUCCAAUCUCCUCUCAAAGAUUGGUCUAAGUAACGACACGACAAUUUAUUAAUGCAGGGCUUCUCCGGCUAUGCCAGCAGCUCAAUGCUUUAUUUGAGGGGGGGUUAAUUCUAUAAAUAUAUAUUUUUUUCUUUUUUUUUUUAAUUAACAAACAAAA